AUGCCGCAAGAUGUGAGGCGCUUGAUGGAGGAGCUCGGCCUCGACGAAGAUUGGUGUGGAGAGGUUUUGAGGCGGCUGAGUCUCUGGCAGCGACAAUCGUUGCACGAACCUGGUAUGGAUGAAGGCGUCCUGGCCGAGAAAGGCUUCGAUUUUCGCGUUCUCACAUUCGACAUACAUUGCCAGCGCAGCUAUGUGCAGAUGUGUAUGCAGCUGUUCGCAGUGUACAGCUAUUCAGCAUACUAUGCCUGGUUCCUUGUUGAGGCAGAAGCAUCGCAGGAGCGCAAGCCGGCAAAAGAGGCGCCGUCAUGGUUCCAGCGAGCAUGGGCCUUCCGUCCAAGUGCAGCAAGUCUUGCAAGCAUCAGUGCUUCACUUCUUCACUUCUGCUUAGGUCUCGAAGACGUCGACGCUGAAGGGCAGCGCCAGAGUGAAAAACGAACGCGUCCGAUUCUCUUUUAA